AUGAAUGGACAAACAUGCAAGACUCCUGGAGGCAGGAGUCUGGGCUUCUCUGGCCACUCUGCUAUGGUCUCUGGUGGCAGCAGAAUGAGCUGUGUGGCCCGAACUGGAGGGUUUGGUGGGGCCUGCAGGUUCUGGAGUGGAGCAGGUGGCUUUGGCAGUCACAGCCUGUAUAACCUUGGUGGCAAAAAGAGCAUCUUGAUCAGUGUGGCAUCUGGUGGCUCCAGGGCUGGUAGAUUUGGUGGAGGGUACAGCAGCCUUGGUAGUAGCUUUGGGGGUAGCUAUGGAGGUGCUCUUGGGGAUGGCUAUGGAGGCAGCUUUGGCAGUGGCUUUGGUGGUAACAGGGGAAUGGGAAGUGGCUUUGGUGGAGCUGGUGGCUUUGGAGAUGCUGGUGGUUUUAGUGGUCUUGGUGGCUUUGGGGGGCCUGGUGGUUUUGGCCCUGGUUGUUUCCCUGGGGGAAUCCAGGAAGUUACUCUCAAUCAGAGCCUCCUUCAGCCCCUCAAUGUAGAGAUUGACUCCCAAAUUGGGCAAGUAAAGGCCCAGGAGCGCGAGCAGAUCAAGACGAACAACAAGUUUGCUUCCUUCAUCGACAAGGUGCACUUCCUGGAGCAACAGAACAAGGUUCUGGAGACUAAGUGGGAGCUGCUCCAGCAGCAGGGCACCAGUGCCGCCACUGGCACAAACAGCUUUGAGCCUUUUUUUGAGAAUGUUAGCCACUUGCGGCAUUACCUGGAUGGGUUCCUUGGGGAGAGAGUCUACCUGGACUCAGAGCUGAGGAGCACACAGGACCUGGUGGAGGACUUCAAGAAGAAAUAUGAGGAUGAAAUAAACAAAUGUACAGAGGCUGAGAAUGAAUUUGUGACCCUGAAGAAGGAUUUGGAUGCAGCCUACAUGAACAAGAUGGAGCUUCAGGCCAAGAUGGACGUCCUGGUAGAUGAGACCAACUUCCUGAGGACCCUCCAUGAUGUAGAGCUUUCUCAGCUGCAAAGCCAUGUCAGUGACAUGUCUGUGAUCCUAUCUAUGGACAAUAAUCAUGACCUGGACCUGGACAGCAUCAUUGCUGAGGUCCGUGGUCAGUAUGAGGACAUCACUCAGAGGAGCAAGGCCGAGGCUGAGGCACUAUACCAGACUAAGUUGGGGGAGCUACAGACUACAGCCAGCAGGCAUGGCAAUGACCUGUGGAGCACCAAGAGUGAGAUCUAGGAGCUCAACAGGAUGAUCCAGAGGCUGCGGGCAGAGAUUGAGAAUAUCAAGAAGCAGAUUGCCAGUCUGCAGGAGUCCAUCGCAGAUGCUGAGCAGCAUGGGGAGAUGGUCUUUCAGGACGCCAACACCAAGCUUCAAGACUGACGGGCUGCUUUACAGCUGGCCAAGGAUGACCUGGCCAGGAUGCUGUGCAAGUACCAGGAGCUCAUGAAUGUCAAGCUGGCUUUGGACGUGGAGAUCACCAUCUACUGCAAGCUUCUGGAGGGCGAGGAAUACAGGAUGUCUGGAGAGCACCAGAGUACCAUCAGCGUCUUUUUGGUCAACAGCAGUAGCACAAUUUUGGGCUUGGCAGGCAGUUAUGGGGGCAAUUAUGGUGGUGGCUUCAGUGUAGGAGGCACUGACACAAGCAGUGGCUUUGGCUUGGGAGAUGGCAGUGGAUUUGGUGGCAGCAGCAGUUUCAGUGGUGGCAGUUGCCUUGGAUCUGGCUCUGUGGGUCACAGUGCAGUCAGUGGUGGGGGUUUCAGUUCAGGAGGCAACCAGGGUGGUACUGUCAAGUUCUCCCAAUCCUCCCACCACUACUCCAGAUAA